GGAUAUCAAGUUUCCAAGCCAGAGGUGAUCUUCAAAUUGGAGCAAGGAGAAGAGCCAUGGAUAUCAGAGGGAGAAAUCCAAAGACCUUUCUGUCCAGACUGGAAGACCAGGCUUGAAGCCAAAUCAUCAAUUCUGCAGCGGGGCAUAUCUGAAGUAUCUCAUAGCACAGAUGAUCUCUUACAUGCCACAUUAGAAGACUCCUGGGAUGUUAGCAGCCAGUUAGAGAGACACCAGGAAAACUGGAAGAGACAUCUGGAUCCAGAGGCAUCCACCCAGAAGAAAAUAAUCACACCAGAAGAAAGUUUUGAGCAAAAUAAAUUUGGUGAAAACUCUAGAUUGAACACAGACCUGGUUACACAGUUGAGCAUUCCUUCAAGAAUAAGGCCUAGUGAAUGUGAGACAUUUGGAAGCAAUUUGGUACGUAAUUCAGACUUACUUAAUCAGAACAAUAUCCUUGCAAAAAAGAAACCCUAUAAGUGUAAUAAAUGUAGAAAAGCUUUUAUCCAUAGAUCAUCACUUACUAAACAUGAGAAAACUCAUAAAGGUGAAGGAGCAUUCACCAAUGGUACAGAUCAGGGAAUUUAUCCUGGAAAGAAACACCAUGAAUGUACUGACUGUGGGAAAACCUUCCUCUGGAAGACACAGCUUACUGAGCAUCAGAGAAUUCACACUGGGGAAAAGCCCUUUGAAUGCAAUGUGUGUGGAAAGGCCUUCAGGCAUAGCUCAUCCCUUGGUCAGCAUGAGAAUGCUCAUACUGGAGAGAAACCCUAUCAGUGCAGUCUCUGUGGGAAAGCCUUCCAGCGCAGCUCCUCCCUUGUUCAACACCAGAGAAUUCACACUGGAGAGAAACCAUAUCGAUGUAAUCUGUGUGGGAGGUCCUUUAGGCAUGGCACAUCCCUCACUCAACAUGAGGUCACACAUAGUGGAGAGAAACCCUUCCAAUGUAAGGAAUGUGGGAAAGCUUUUAGUCGAUGUUCUUCCCUUGUCCAACAUGAGAGGACUCAUACUGGAGAGAAACCUUUUGAAUGUAGCAUAUGUGGGAGGGCUUUUGGUCAGAGCCCAUCCCUUUAUAAACACAUGAGGAUUCAUAAGAGAGGCAAACCUUACCAAAGCAGUAACUACAGCAUAGAUUUCAAGCACAGCUCAUCGCUUACUCAAGAUGAAAACACUCUCAGAGAAGUGAAGUCCUAUCACUGUAAUGACUGUGGGGAAGACUUCAGUCACAUUACAGACUUUACUGAUCAUCAGAGGAUCCAUACUGGAGAGAACCUCUAUGAUUGUGAGCAGGCCUUUAGUCAACAACCUAUUUCCCAUCCUGGAGACAAACCCUAUCAAUGUAAUGUAUGUGGAAAAGCUUUCAAAAGAAGUACAAGUUUCAUAGAGCAUCACAGAAUUCAUACUGGAGAAAAACCUUAUGAAUGUAAUGAAUGUGGAGAAGCCUUCAGUCGACGCUCAUCACUUACUCAACAUGAGAGAACCCACACUGGAGAAAAACCCUAUGAAUGUAUUGACUGUGGGAAAGCCUUCAGUCAAAGUUCAUCCCUUAUUCAGCAUGAAAGAACUCAUACUGGAGAGAAACCAUAUGAAUGUAAUGAAUGUGGACGAGCCUUCCGAAAGAAAACCAACCUGCAUGAUCAUCAGAGAAUUCAUACUGGAGAAAAACCCUAUUCUUGUAAGGAAUGUGGGAAAAAUUUCAGUCGAAGCUCAGCUCUUACUAAACACCUCAGAAUUCAUACACGAAAUAAACUCUAGGAACACUUAUGCUUUAGCUAAAAUGUUGUUCUGAUUCAGUAUCAGUGGAUUCUUACCAGAGAGAAAGCUUGAGAGUGUAAAGAAGUGUUUGUGUGUGUGUGCACGUGUGUAGAGAACUGUGCCAGUAGACAGAAUUUUUUUAAAAUAAAUAAAAGCCACAUUCUCAGAGAGAGUGUGUGUGUGUGUGUGUGUGUGUGAGUAGAAAACUCUGUGCCAGUAAACGGAAUUUUUUUUUAAUAAAUAAAAGCUACAUUCUCAGAUCUGAUUACAGACUUUUGUAAAAAUUAAAACUACAAACAUCCAAACGUGUAGCCAAUUGGAAAUGAUAAAUCUAUAUAUCGGUCUUUAUAAAGCUUCUGAGUAUGUGUAUGGAGGAGAUCACCAAAUUUUAACAGCUUGGCUUGUACCCUCAUGGUUUACAGCCUUUUUAAAAAAAUAAAACUCCUGCAGUAAUAACCUAAACUCAUUUUUAAAGUUGCUUGACAAUUGCACUCAACUGAAGCUCCUACAUUAAAUUCACCAUGGAAACCAGUUCCACCUCCAGGAAUUCACUAUUCAAUGAAUUAGAUCAACUGGCUUUACCCCUUCACUGUGCACACAAAGAGACUGAAAGCCAAAGAUGUGAAGUGGUUUGCACAGUAUGAUACAGCCUGUAAUGGCAAAGGUGGGUGGAGAAUGCAAGUUUCCUGGAUCUUUGGCCCCAGGGAAUUUGGGGAUUCAGCAGGCUUUAAAAUAAACAUUACAUUUGGGGAUACAUCAGAUGAGCACCCAUGGGUUGUACACUUUGGGAAUUUGUAAAAGCAUAAGAGGCAGUGAAAUGUAUGCAAAUUUGUCACAAACUUAUUUAAAGCAACUUGUUGGAAGCUUACAAACCAAAAUGUUAACAGAAACUAUAGAUAGUUGAGCUACUGAUGACUUUUUUCCUUUUCACAGUUAUAAUUAUACUUUCAUCUAAUAUAUCUGUUUCAUAGAACUAUUAAGUCCUCUUAUUAUGCUUUUUAUGGCACUCCCAUGAAAAAGCACUGCCCCAAGAUUCCUAUAUCAGAUCAAUGGGAAAACAACACAAAACUAAGACGAGAACUUUUGCCCAAAUUAAUUUUACUAUAGAGAAGUAUAAGUCCAAUUACCCAUUGCCGUAAGUUUUGUCUGUGACUCAGUUUAGAGAAACAGCAUGUAUUGGCUCAUUUUGUGAGCAAAGGAAAUAUCUCAAAAACAAAAUCAUCUUGUUUUAGCUCUGUGGUACUUUUCCAGCAGUAAAGCAUGAGCUAAGGUUCAGUGGCUUGCUCUGAUCCUUAAUAUCCCCUGAUGUCUCCCAUGGGCUAUCCUAAAGAACUUUCCAGAACCUUUCUUGGUUCAUUGACAUCAACAGUGCAGACAAAUGUGGAAGCAACUGUGGACAGUGACUUCUUUCACACAAGGGCCCCUCCCCGCUAAGGCAAAUUUUCCCAGCCUCCAAAUCAUGAAUUACAGGGAGGGGUGAUAUGGGUGGUGUUGAUGGUGAACCUUUCCUACUGGCUUCUUUGCAUGCCAAGUAGCAGGAUCCAUUGCCCUCCUCAUCCUGGACAGCAUGAGGCAGUUCCCAAGCACUCUUCAUUCUUUGCAGGGAAAAAUGUGCAUAGGGGCUGAAGCGUGUUAUGUGUAGCCCAAUGAAUAUAUCACCUGCAAAGCAAGAUGGAUAGUCCACAGCAGGUCUGCCCUUCCAAGAUGUUAACCAAGAAAAAAACCUUGCUUAUGACACUCUAGUCUUAGUGCAUAUACAGUGCCAAGGCCAUGCUGAGUUGUCUGAUAAAUAGUUUGACAGUGGGUAAUUCCAUUCAGACCCUCCCCUAGUGAUCGGCUAGGUUGCCUGUCAGGAACUAAUUUUGCUACUGAUUGGGGAUCCCUACAGUGGACUACUUGCAGGAAUGGCAUGAACUAAGCAAUUGUGUGCUGCCCCAGUGUUAUGGAAGUUUAUAAAAACUUAGAAGACCCAAAGGAAACCACAGGUUUGUGUAUGGAGCCUGGUGUAGAUCCAGCCACCACUCUGAAUCUCAGCACAUCUUCAUUGACAGGAAGCUCAGGAUGUAUGUGUAGCUGACUGAGCAGAGGGCUUUCCUAGUCCAGCAGCCAUGCACCGUGCAUUUAUGGACACCCAGCCUUGUAGGGCUGUGUGAACUGCAUCCUUGUAACAUCAUUGUAUUCUUUCAAUAAAUAGCCUUCUGAGUUGAA